CAAAAAUAAAAUUUUGUGUCUAAACAAGGCCUGAGUCGGCGGCGGACCGACGCGGACGCCGGCGGGGACGGAGCCACGUCAGCGGCAACAAUCGCAUCGGCAGGAGGCGGCACCCUCGCCAACUUCACGUUGGGCCCAGAAGCCCACGGCCCACAGCCCAAGCUGCACGCCCGCACCGCACUCUCCCCUCCCGCGCUCCCAAAUCCUAGACCUGCCCUCUCCUGUCUCCGCCGCCGCCGCCCGCCGCCCGCCGUGCGCUGCUCCUCCUGUAGUCCUGUGCCUACACCUGCGCUGCUCGCCAAAUCCUCUCCGUCUCCGCCGUGCGCCGCCCGCCCAGCCUCCCGUUCCUCGUCCUCCCUCAGGCCGCCCCUGCUCCGCUGCUAUCCCCACGGGAGAUGGGGAAGCGCAAGCCCAUGCCUUCCGCCGCCGCUCGAGGACUGAAGAACCGGCCAAAGAAGCCAAGGUCCGCGAUGCAGGGAGCUGAGUCACGGGAGGAGAAUCCCCAGCUGUUGGAGCACGAUGACGAAAUUGUAGAUACUGAAUCCGGAGCAGCGGGGACUGUUCAACGUGAUAAAAAAGCCAAUGGGAGCUUUCAAGGCACAGCGCAGAGUGAUGAAGAUGACAUAGAAGAUGAGUAUGACGCUCCUAGUGGUGAUGCGCCAGGUGAUACAAUAAACAAUGGAAAUGAUUGUUUUGACGAAACAGAGACUUCAUGUUCAUUUCAUCGUCAUGUAAGCAACAUCAUAACAAAUGAAGAAGUCAAGGUGUUGAUGAAGAAGAACUAUAAAUUCAAGUGGGAAAUGCCUGCUGUGGACAUUCCAAGGUCCAAGUGGGUUGGAACAGGUGAAAAAGUGCAGGAAGCUUGUGAUGAUCAUCUUCGUGAUGUCAAAGGAAAGUUGAGAGACCAUUGGCAACGUACUCUGUCUGAUCAUUUGAAUUCUCGAAUGAGCUUCUUCUCUCUUUGUAACAGUUAUCGUGACAUAAUGCAUUGCAAUAAGAAGCCAUUUUAUCUGAAAAGUAACGGUCCUGAUUCCAGUACCAUGGACGCAUAUCUUAUGCAUGCUUUGAAUCAUGUUCAUAGGACGCGAGAUGUUGUAAUUAGAAAUGACGCGAAGCUUAGGAAUGACGCUGACAGAGAUAUUUCGGAUGAUAAGACAUACCUUGAUCAGGGUUUUACGCGCCCAAAGGUUCUUUUCUUGUUACCUCUCAAAAUUUUUGCACGACGCAUUGUGAAGAGGUUGAUCCAGCUUUCUCCAUUGCCACAAAAGGAUAGUGCCAUGGGACAAUUUAAAAAGGAGUUUGGUGAAUCAGACGACGAGGGGAUACCUGAACAUAGCACAAAACCUGCAGACUUUGACCUUCUUUUUGCUGGAGAUAUUGAUGAUCACUUUCUUUUUGGCGUAAAAUUAACGAAGAAAUCUAUUAAGCUGUAUAGUAACUUCUAUUCUUCUGAUAUAAUAGUUGCAUCUCCUUUAGCGCUGAAACGUAAAAUUGAUGGAGGAGAACAUGGCAAGGAGAAGGAUUUUGAUUUCCUAUCUUCAAUUGAAAUAGUGGUGGUUGAUCAUGCAGAUGUGAUAUCUAUGCAGAACUGGGAGCAUCUGGAGGCUGUGUUUGAACAACUUAAUCAGUUGCCAACAAAAGAACAUGGAACCAAUGUGAUGCGAAUUAGGCCAUGGUACUUGGAUCAGCAUGCACAGUACUAUCGGCAGACAAUACUGUUAAGCUCGUACCUUACACCAGAGAUUAAUGCUUUAUUUAAUGGAUUAUGCUUAAAUUAUGAAGGAAAGAUUAAAAUGGUGACCGAGUAUGCAGGCGUUCUUCCCAAAAUACAACUUGAAGUGCGGCAGGUGUAUGAAAGAUUUGAUGCAUCUUCUAUUGCUGAAGCUGACGAUGCACGCUUCAAUUAUUUCUGCAACAAGGUAUAUCCAAAGAUCCAGGACUUGGAUGAGGGUGGAUUGCUGCUAUUCGUGAGUUCAUACUUUGAAUAUAUUCGAAUAAGCAAUUUCUUAAAAUCUAAGGAAGCGUCCUUUUGUCGAAUUGGAGAGGCUACAUCUCAACAGGAUAUAUCUCGUUCAAGACUCUGGUUUUUUGAGGGCAAGAAAAAGAUCUUGCUUUAUAGUGAAAGAUCUCACUUCUACCACCGAUACAAGAUUAGGGGAACAAAGCAUUUACUAAUUUAUUCAUUGCCAGGGAGAAAAGAAUUUUAUCCUGAGCUUGUAAAUAUGCUAGGCGAAUCAGAAAUUCGGAAGUGCAAUGUCCUUUUUUCUCGUCUAGACCUUCUUAAGUUAGAGCGGAUUGUUGGGACAUCUUCUGCACGAAGGUUGAUUUCCUCGGACAAGGGCAUGUUUGUCUUCUGCUGAUGUAGCCAUGUAGCAGCAGCCUAGUAGGUUAACCCCUACUGUUGAUCAGACUGUCGAACUUGCGUUUGUAUUUAUCCACAAGCUAUAUGUUUUGACCAUAUACCAUCAAUUAUUAGCAAAUCUACUCUGGGGAUAUCCAUGUGUGAUCUAUAAGGUCCACCAAAGAGUUGCUUUGUUGGA